AUGGCUGCAGACGUGCAAGGGAAGAUUAUAUUGAAUGAGCCAGAACCCAUAAAGACAAAGGGAAAGAAGACAAGUAACGUCGGCGGUGGAAGCGGUGCACAUGAUUACAAAGGCUUUGUAGCGGGUGUCUUCAGCGGCAUCGCCAAGCUCUCAGUUGGGCAUCCAUUUGACACUAUCAAAGUCCGUCUACAAACAACAGACCCAAGCCGCUUCAGUGGCCCUCUGCAAUGCGUUACCCAGACUAUUCGCCAUGAGGGCUUUCGCGGGCUCUACAAAGGCGCAACACCGCCUUUGGUCGGAUGGAUGUUUAUGGACUCGGUCAUGCUGGGCUCGCUCACCGUCUACCGUCGUCUCCUCUCAGAACAUGUCUUCAAUGUUGAGCCACUAGGAACCGAUGUUACGGCAUCUUCACCCGGCACAGCCCCAAAGGGUCACACAGCGCUACCCAGCUUCGGCCAUGGUAUCGCGGGAAUAUUAGCUGGCUCAACGGUGAGCUUCAUUGCUGCUCCAGUCGAGCACGUCAAGGCACGAUUGCAGAUCCAAUACGCAGCGCAAAAAGCAGACAGAUUAUACGCCGGGCCGAUUGAUUGUCUGCGCAAGAUCUACCGCUACCAUGGCAUCAAGGGCGUGUAUCAUGGCCUCUCAGCGACCCUUCUGUUUCGAGGAUUCUUCUUCUGCUGGUGGGGCAGCUACGAUAUCUUAUCUCGACAACUACGCGAGAAGACAAACCUAAGUGCACCGGCAGUGAAUUUCUGGGCGGGAGGCCUGAGUGCGCAAGUGUUUUGGUUGACUAGUUAUCCGAGUGACGUAGUCAAGCAGCGCAUCAUGACAGAUCCGCUGGGAGGCGGCCUCAACGAUGGAGUCAGGAGAUUUCCUCGUUGGAAGGACGCAGCAGUUGCUGUGUACAGGGAGGGAGGUUGGAAGGGAUACUGGAGAGGGUUUGUUCCAUGUUUUCUGAGGGCGUUUCCGGCGAAUGCCAUGGCGCUGGUUGCUUUUGAGGGUGUCAUGAGAUCGUUGCCAUGA